CACGUCACGUCACGAGCUCCGGGGGUGGUGGCGAGCUCUUCCACUCCGAACACUUCCGGGAGCGUCAGUCUGCAAUUUGGGCGCAGCAUGAGCGCGGCGGAGUGGAAGAGGAGGUGCGAGGCGGAGUGGGGUCUGCGCGGAGCGCCGAUGCCCGACGGCCUGGACUGGAAGACCAUCUAUGAGGCCAAGCCGCUGGGGAGAAACCUGCUGAGGAACCCUGCGCCUCUCGGUUUAAGUAAAGCCUCUCCCCCACCAGAAAAUGAGCUGCCUGAUGCCCCCCCACGUGGACCUCCGCGCUUUCAGCCUGAAGGUGACUUCUCUGCUUGGACUACGAGCACAGAGGUUCUGCCUUACGACACCAGUGGCAUCCCUGAGGGGGUGGUGGUCUGCGCUCUGCCUCAGUUCAGCUGGUUCACCCUGGAGCAGGUGGUGGACUUGAAGGCGGAGGGCCUGUGGGAGGAGCUCCUGGAUGGUUUUCAGCCUGAAGUCGUCGUUCAGGACUGCUACGAGGAGAGUCAGCUUCAUCAGUCCAUCUACCAGCUGCAGGUGAAGCUUCUUGCUGCAGACAGAAGUACAGUGAUUUCCGAGCACAGCGUGAGCCCCACUGAGGACCUGAGUGUUUACUCACACCAGUGGAAGGAGGUGUCACAUGUGUUCUCCGGUUAUGGACCCGGCGUCAGAUACAUCCACUUCCUGCACCGGCUGAAGAACAGUUUCCUGAACGACUUCUUCCCGACGCGCUUCACGGACAGCUCCGUGGUUAUCCGAGCGGUUCGCUCCGGCUCUUAGCUGCAUCCUGAAUCCAUCUUUCAUCAAGUCUGUGGAAGUUGGAACUAAUGACAAUAAUCUACAAAACAAUCAGAAUAGCAAUAAAUCCUCAGUCAAAGUGCAACCAGAUUUUACUGAUUUAUUUUGAUUUUUAUAGGUUAGAUUGAAUGAUUUAAAUCAAAUUUCCCUCUUUUUUUUCCUGUAAAAAUGCUAAAAAAAUUUAAAACAUGAUUAUUUCUGUUGCUUUUAAAUAAAAAAACUCAAAGAAACUCGGUU